AUGAACAAUGAAUGUUAAGUUUAAGUGGAUUUUUCGAAACCAAAAUCAAUAAUUAGACUUCUAUGCUAAAGAUCUACUGUAAAAUAUUCACAUUUAACUUAGAUUAAAAAUGACAAACACUAAUUUCAAUUUAAGAUUUAUUUCUUAAUAAUGCCUAUAACAUCCUUUCUUUCACAAUAAUGGAUAAUAGCAAAUAAAUAGAAAAUGUGUGAAUUCAACACUUCCUAAAUUGAAGAAAGUCCCAAUAAAGAUUCCUUUAAUCAUUAUCUUUAGGAUUAUAGUAGUCCUAAUUGUUAAUUUAUAAGUCGAGAUAAACAGAAGUCAUCUAUUGUUACUCGAAUUCCUCUGUAUGGUCCAAAGGCUGGUACCACUUAGGUACAGAAUUAUAAUGAAAUUUUGGAAAAACUCAGUUCAUUAAGCUAAUUUACUUUGGAUUAAGAGGAAUAAAGUGGUUACUAAAAAGAUAACCAAUAAAUUGCUUUAACUAAAUGA